AGGACUAGAAACCACUUAUAUCAUCUUUAAAACACCUAAACGGCUCUGUUCUAUAUAUAUAUUUAGUGUUGUUACCAUGCCCCCUUCAGCGGAUCUAACCACCCAACCCCCGGCGGCCGAGGCACCACCUUCCACCCUCCCCUCGAAGCAAGCGCCGCACGUUCACGGCUCUGAAGAGAAAACCCCCUUACAAGCCAUAAGCCAUGGAAUCCUCAUGGACGGCAUCCCAACCUUCUCCUCCCCCGCUGAGCACCGUAAACACAUCCUCAUCCACACCGCCGCCACUUUCCGUGACUUUGCACGCAAAGGCUUCACCGAAGGCCAAGCGGGACAUAUCAGCGUCCGCGACCCGGAGUUCGAGGAUUACAUCUGGAUGAACCCUCUCGGGCGGCACUUCGGUCUCAUGACAGCAGGUGAUAUGAUCUGUUUAGAUAUGCACACCGGUGCCGUCGUAGGCGGUAACAAUACCCGCCCCGCCAACGCCGCAGGCUUCCAAAUCCAUUCCGCGAUCCACAAGGCGCGGCCGGAUGUCGCGGCCAUCUGCCACGCGCACACGGAUGCGGGCCGCGCGUGGAGCGUGUUUGCGCGGCCGUUGGAGAUGCUGAAUCAGGAUGUUUGUAAUUUCUAUCAGGCGCAUGCGGUGUAUGCGGAGUAUGGGGGGAUUGUGUUUGCGGAGGAGGAGGGGAGGAAUAUUGCGAGGGCGCUGGGGGAGGGGAAUAAAGGGGUUAUUCUCAUGAAUCACGGCCUACUCACCGUCGGCCACACAGUCGACGAAGCAGGCUACAUGUUCGGCCUCCUCGACCGCGGCUGCCGCAUCCAGCUCGACGUCGAGGCAGCGUGUGCAGGUAAUCCGGGGCUGAAGCGGAAUAUCAUUUCUGACGAGGAGGCGGCGUAUAACAUGAAGAUGGCGAGUGAGAAACAUGUUUUGUAUCGAGAGGCGCAGCCGGAUCUGGAUUAUAUCUUUGAGACGCAGGGGAUGGAGGCCGUGGCGAGGGGGGUGGAUAAUAUGGUUAUUGAUGAGCAGGGAGGGAAUUAGUAGGAUGGGACGGGUGUAUGGGUGGGCUGUUAUGAGAAUUUUGUCGUUGAGCGAGUAGGUCGUAGUGAGGAGGAGGUCUUUUGAUAAUAGUAUAUAUCCAUAUGUCCUCGUAUAUAAUCACAUAUAGAUGGGUCUCAAGACAGCAAGAGCCCUGAAAAAUAUAUCAACUCGGCUAGCCACGGCGCAUAGUUCUCAUAUAAAAAGCGCGG